AUCUGCCUAUAACAAAAGUUACUACUAGUUUGUGCUGUGCUACGUUUUCUCAGGUAAGUUAUAACGCCCAGUUUAGGUGAAAAAGUAAUUUUUAAUUUUUCCAUUCCAUCUGUUUUAUAAACAUACCUUUUGUGUUGACAUUAACCCCCUUUUUGAUAUUUCUAUUUAUGAAAUUUAAUGAGUUUAUGCACGCUUGUAUUCGACCGUAUACACGUAUGCUGUUUUAUAUCAUUUAAAUUAUACGAUUUUAACUUUUAGUGUUCUUGAACAAAGUAACCGCUUCUACACGUUCAAAUCCUGAAUAUGAGCUCUGCAAAGAAGGUGACGAAACCGCGACAUAAAAUAUGGGAUUGUUUUACUGAAUUUAAGGAGGAAAAUAAGGUCAAAGGAAAAUGUAGAUACUGUGAGGCUAUAUACAUCACACAUGUUGAUAGAACGCAGAGGCACAUUCUAAAACAGUGCAAAAAAAUUCCUGAAAAUCACAAACAAAAAUAUAAAAAUGUAGCUCGUCAUGGUGAAGAAGAUAGCGACAGUGACCUUCAUGAUAAAGACGAAGCUGUAUUUGCAGAGCAAAUCAAGAAGAAACGAUUAAAUUCAUAUGAAGAAGGUACUGCUGGCCCAUCAGGGCUAAGUAAAUUAAAAAAUCAAAAACUGGCGAGUUUUCUUGAUCAUUUAAAUCCAGAACAACAGUCGGAAAUGUCUGAACAUUUCUGCAAUGCAGUAUAUUCUUCAAAUUGUGCCCUCUCCAUGUUUGAAAGCGAACAUUGGAAAAAGUUCUUCAACUUAUGCAGGCCAACUUUUAAAGUUCCUAGUAGAAAACAGAUGCCGACUACACAUCUAGAUGUGUCCUAUGGAAAGAUAAGAAACCAAGUAAAAUCACAAAUUGACGAUGAAGCGACGGUUUCUAUUAUGAGUGACGGUUGGUCGAACAUCAGGAAUGAAGGCAUUAUUAACUACAUGGUUCACACAAGUAAAGGAGACCUAUUUUAUGACUUCUCAUUGCCAAAAGCCCAAAAGCACACUGGGAUAUAUAUUGCCUCGGAGCUAAGCAGAAUUAUCGAAGAGAUAGGAGAAAGCAAGAUUACUGCUGUUGUUACAGAUAACGCGGCUAACAUGAGAGCAGCUUGGGCUGAACUAAAGAUGAGGUACCCAGGUCUUCAAUGUAUUGGAUGUGCUUCUCAUACGCUAAAUUUGCUAAUGAAGGAUAUGGAGUCCAUGACAACGCUUCGGGAUCAUGUCACAAGUUGUAAAGAAAUAGUGAAGUUCUUUAAACUAAAACAUGUGCCAAAUGCAGUUUUGCAAGAAAAACAAUGUGGCAACAGCAAAUCGUUGAAAAUGCCUGUAGAAACCAGGUGGGGAAGUACAGUGGCUUGUAUGGACAGCAUUCAGGCAAACAAACAAUCGCUUAGAGAGUCGAUCGUAAAUAGUGACGUGGAGAGUAUUGCUCCCGCUAAAAUUAAGACUUCAAUUUUUUCCGAUGUGUUCUGGGACCGGAACGAUAAAUUCUUAAAAUUACUUUCUCCUGUCGUUAGACUUAUUACAUUUAUGGAAAAUACCAAUUCGACUUUGUCGGACGUAAGACACAAGGUGUACAAGUUGAAAGAUCAAUUUUCCGCCCAAAUGUCGGAAAGUCCCUUUUUGAUUUCCGAA